GGAGCACUAUUAUAGGAGUAGUUAGACUUCUGACCAAUUAAUUUCGGUAUAUGAAUACCUAUCUGAUUUCCGAAGCAAAAAAUAAUCCGCUGCAUGCUCUCUUUAUUUUCACACGUUCACAAGCAUUCGGCUCCAACUAGUACUUCACGAACAAAACAAACCAAAAGUCCUCUUGAGUGCUUUGUGAUAAAGGACAUACAUACACCUCCUAUUUGAUACUCCAGUGACUAUUCUUUUUGGGUUACUUGGUCAAGAGCUUUCACUUUCGAUUUUGAAUCCAUAGUUCAUCAUUUUCUUUUCGGCUCAUCUCUUUAAAUCGGCAAUUGGGCAACGGUCGAGGUGUUUCUGUCAAGCAAGAUAAAGGACCGGAACAGAGAUAUUAUUUCUCGAGUUUUGAAAAUCCAAUAUGACGAACUUGGAAAAUGCUGCUACUUCUGAAAACGUUGUUGUUGAGAAUAAUGUGAAUGAAAUCCCUGAAAAUAAUGUUAAUUCUGUGUCUGUGACUAAUUCUGGAGACACACCUGAAUUUGUUGCCACGGGCUCUCACAGGGUUGAUUUGACCGGAAUGCCUGAAAAAUUUUCUGGGCAUUUUUUCAAGCGUUGGGAACAACGCAUGAAAAUCCGGUUAAUCACCAAGGGUUUGCUCUCGGUAAUUAUGACAGUGUGUCCCCCCGUUGUCGAGUCUGAUCCCAAGAGUCUUGAACGCCAAACUUUAUGGCGUGAGAGGAAUGAAAUAGCCAAAGGAAUGAUAUUGUUGGGACUCUCCGACAUGUUAUUUGAUGUCUAUUGCACCCUCCACGGCACGGCUAAAGACCUUUGGGAUGAGUUGGAUAGGAAAUAUAAUACUGAUGACCACGGUCUGGAAAAGUAUAUUGUUUCCAAAUUCUUGAGAUUCGACAUGAAAGAGGGAAAAUCUGUUUUAGAACAAACACAAGAAUUUGAGGUUAUCUUACAUUCUCUCCGUGAAGCAGAUAUGGAAUUGCCUGAAAAAUUUAAAGUCAUGACUGUAAUUGAAAAAUUCCCCAAAUCGUGGGAAGAUUUUGGUUUGACUUUAAAACACAAAAUGAAAAAGAUAACUUGGAAAAGUUUGAUGCAUUCCAUUACUGUUGAGGAAGAACAUAAGAAAGCGGGUUAUAUUGUGCCUGUUGAAUUUCAGCCAAAGGCUCAUGUUGUAACCGGGGGAAAGCAGUCACAAAAUUCUAAAAAUAAACAACCAUCAUCUUUUAAACCAAUAAAGGCCAAAUUAAAAAUUGCAAAGAAACCAAAGGCAAACCGGCCAUGCUGGAACUGUGGACAGAUGGGGCAUUGGGCCAAAUUAUGCCCAAAUAAAAAGGCUAAGGCUCAAUCUGGUGGACCUCAAGUCAACGUGGUGACUAGAGGAACUAGUUCCGAUGGGUAUGUUUCUAUUAACCCUCAAGUUUUCACUAUUUAUAAUUCCAAUGAGUGGCUAAUAGAUACAGGAGCGAAUGUGCAUGUAUGUGCUGAUAAAUCGCUCUUUGUUUCUUAUCAGCCUGCGGUUGGAAGAACAGUGAUGAUGGGAAACACAAGUGCUGCUAGUGUGCACGGAGUUGGAAAAGUAGAAAUAAAAUUUCCUUCGGGAAAAAUUCUUACUUUGCAUGGAGUGCAUCACGUUCCCGAAAUUAGAAGGAACAUUGUUAGUGGUUCCAUUCUUGUUAGAGAGGGUUAUGAAUUAUCUUUUAAAUUCAAUAAAGUUGUAAUUUUAUUUGGUGGAGUUUUUAUUGGCAAGGGUUACUUGUCGGAUGGACUUUUUAAGAUUGUGGUUGAUUAUUUUGAAUUAAAUUAUGUAUCUGAGAAUUGUGAUUCUUCAACUUUAUGGCAUUAUCGUUUGGGUCACGUUAAUUUAGAUUCUGUAAAAAGAAUGAUGAAUUUAAAUUUAAUUCCUAAACACUCUAUUGAUAAAACUAAGAAAUGUAUGGUAUGUGCUACUACAAAACAAGUAAGAAAACCAUACCAUUCAAUUGAUAGAAAUUCUGAAUUACUUGAUUUAAUUCAUACUGACAUUUUUGAGUUUAAUGGAGUGUUGACUCGUGACAAGAAGAAAUACUUUAUCACUUUUAUUGAUGAUUAUUCUAAAUACUGUUAUGUGUAUCUACUUAAGGGUAAAGAUGAAGCUCUUGAAAAAUUCUUAAUUUUUAAGAAUGAAAUAGAGAAUCAAACCGGCA